GUGAUUUGGAAGAUGCUGCACCCGGAAGUAGAAACACGCUGCGCCGCGUUUUAAACCGGUGUUAUAACACGUUUAUACUCAUGCGUGGGCCGUACUACAAACCCCAGAAUGGCACCAGCUGCACCUACACCAAACUGAAAGUUUCAGGUCAGACUAAAGCAGACUCCCCGGGUCCAGCCAUGCCUCAGAAGCCCCAGAAGAGCGCCCAGACGGCCCACUACAUUGAACUGGGAGGUUACCAGUACUGGCCCGUGCUGGUGCCGCGCGGCAUCAGGCUGUACACCUACGAGCAGAUCCCAGUGUUUCUGAGGGAGAACCCCUACAUCACGGAUGGAUACAGAGCCUACCUGCCCUCCAGACUCUGCAUCAAAAGCAUCUUCAUUCUGUCCAAUGAGACGGUGAACAUCUGGAGCCACCUGUUUGGCUUCCUGCUCUUCUUCUUCAUCGGCGUGUACAACAUGGCCUCAGUGCUGCCGGCCAUCGGCGCCUCCAAAGAGGACUACGUCAUCUACUCCAUCGGACUCUUCUGCUUCCAGCUGUGUAUGCUGUGUUCGGUGGGUUAUCACCUGUUCUGCUGCCACCGCUCGGAGAAGACCAGCCGCCGCUGGAUGGCGCUGGACUACGCCGGGGUUUCCAUCGGCAUCCUGGGCUGCUACGUCCCCGGAGUCUUCUACACCUUCUACUGUAAUAAUUACUGGCGGCAGGUGUACCUGGUGACGGUCCUGGCCAUGAUCCUGGCCGUCUUCUUCGCUCAGAUCCACCCUCAUUACCUCAGCAAGCAGUGGAAGCAGCUGCGCUCGCUCAUCUUCUGCCUGGUGACCGGAUACGGCCUCAUCCCCACCUUCCACUGGAUCUGCAUCACCGGAGGCUUCUCCUCGGAGCUCGUCCAGGCUUUUGUUCCUCGGAUUCUGGGGAUGUACUUCAUCGCUAUAUUAGCUCUUAUUUUCUACGUUUCUAAAGUUCCUGAACGCUACUUCCCAGGCCAGCUGAACUACCUGGGCUCCAGUCACCAGGUGUGGCACCUGCUGCUGGUGCUGAUGUUCUACUGGUGGCACCAGUCGUCGUGCUUCAUCAUGGCGUACAGACACAGCCAGCCCUGCCCCGACGCCCCCCACCACGCCUAGGACGCCGCUCUGCAGGCCGGGACCCCUGUUCAAUUGUUGGUGAAUGAUGGAGACAUGAUGGACAGGCUGUCAGUCCAUCUCCAUGUCCCCCCACUCAUGGACACGUUCUUACCUGCAAGUCCACCUCACCUGUGGAGGAAACCCAACAGAGGGGCUGCAACCGGGAAUCAGACCUGCGACACGUUCAGAGAGUAUGUUUCUCUUUUUUUGUUUUUUUAAAGAUAAGACAGGACCUGAGUUAUUUUAACAGCCACAGUGGCUGAAUCUUUUUCUCAACCAGCUGAUCAACAACAAACAACUGAAUCUCUGCAGUUGAACUACUAAAAUCUCCAAAAUGUUGCACUGCGUUCAAAUUAACAAAACUUUAAAAGCAGCUUUCGUCACAAAUAAACAACACGCAAGUUUAGUUCAGACAAGUAGCAUUUCUUUUCUAUUCUUUUAAUGAAAGAUCAUGUUCUCUAAGUGCCUAUUAAUUAAAACAUCAUGUAGCGCUUGUUAACUCAUGUUGUGUUUUGCUCCAAGAAUGCCCGAUAUUUAAAAUAAUCCUCUUGUUUUUAAGUAAUCAAGUAAAAUGACCUAAAAAGGGGAAAUUAAAUGUUUUAACUAUGCGAGUAAACAAAUCUGUUUUUUACAGUGAUGAGCACUUAAUAAAUGUAUUCUAUUUUCAAACUAUUACAAUUUGUUAGUGUUGAAACUGUGAGGUAUUAACUAACGAGAACAAACUAAAAAGUAAUUAAUUAUUGUUAAGAUGGAAAAACCAAAGACUGCUGUGGAGCAAUUAAAUGUUUUCUUCAUCAGUUUCUCACCGCUGAGAGACAAUCAACAGAUACUCUAAACACAAGUACUACAAAGUAUAAUGAGCUGCAGAAGUAUUAGUUCCUCCAGAAUGUUAUGUGUUAUGCUUUUCAAACUGACAUUUAUAUUACGAGCUGCAAAAGCCUCAGUGUUCACUACUAGAAAGUUUAAAGUGUUUAAAGUCCAGUUUAUUAAAAAAAACUGUGCAGAUUUGUUUUAUUUAAAUGUCUAUCUUAUAUUAUUUUCCUGCCCUAACAAGUGGAAGUUGAGGCUGGUGAAACUUUUAGACAUUUAAUCUGCGUCUCAACUUCAAAUUUAUAUUGAUUUCUACACCUUUAAUUAUGUUAAAAGUCCAUCAUUUAAAUGCUGUACACUAAAAGACACCUAUAAGCUACUGGAACAUAGAGAAAACAACAUCAUACAUUUCAGCUGCCUUAUUUUAUCUGUAUUGAAAAGUCAUUUACAUUUUUACACUUUUAAAUUGGGACACAGUUUUGUUUUUAAAAGAUUCAAGCACUGAUUUCACUUAUUUAUUUUGAAUCUGUUUCUUUGAUCAUCAGACACAAUAUUCUCUAUAUAUUUUUUCCCGGCUUAUUUAGGGUGAUGUGCAAUGUUCAAGUCAACUGCUUUUUUUUUCUUCAUUCACGUUGGAUAGAAGUCAUAUUACUGAAAUGUUAAAUUCUCUCAAAUGUUAGUCUUUGUACACAAAAAAAGGUCUUACUGCGUUUCUCUUUGUCAUCAUUUAAUAACAGUAAAUGUUGAGUUAUGUCUCAUUUUGGAAUGAAAGUAAUUUGUUUUGUUUGGUUUGUCGUAUUUAAAGUUUUAGACCGAGACAAAUGUUUUCUGGUGUUACUGUUCCAGAUUUGUUUUUGUUGUUCUGUAUUUAAAUUAUUCACUAUGAACCUGCUCUGAUCUCAUCGGCUGUGUGUCUAAAGAUGUUUUGUAGCAGCCGGACUUUUGUAUCUUGACUUUUCAUACCUGAGCAACCGGUGAACUCGACUCUAAAUAAAAUUUAAC